AUUCAUAGGCAUUAAGUGUUCUUAUCAACAAUUUAAUAUAACGAUAUAUUUGAGAUAUGAAAUCAGUGUUAUUCUUACUCAGACUCACUCAAUUUGUAUAAAGCGUAUUGAAUGAAUAGCAGCUGAAUGUGUUUAAAUCGUGUUCACUUGUACUUCGAACGAUCUUACUUUAAAUGCAAAAACAAUGAGUGUAUUUCAACGCUUCGAAAUCGAAGAGAGCAAUUUCAACAGAACAGGCAAAAUGGAACAAAAGGAUAUACCGUGUGCCAAGUGGACGGUUUUUAGUGUUAGUCUGAUUUUUAGCUUACUCGGAUUGGCAUUACUUGUAGGUGGUACAGUCAUUCUAUUUACAUAUAAACACCAUGAACAUUUCAACGCCGCACAGACUCGAUCAGUUCCGAUGAUUUUCAUUUACAUCGGCUCAUUUGCCUUUGUAUUUGCUUUGUUGGGUGCUUGCGGUGCAAUUACAAAAAGUGCCUGCUUAAACUACUUUGCGUCCAUUGUAUUCUUCCUUUUGUUGAUGAUUCAAAUGGGAUUGCUGAUUUUUGGCUCUCUCAAGCAAAAUGACAUGAACACCUUUUGGAAUAACAGUUUCGAUGACAUGCUCGAAAAUCAUAAUGCUCACAAAGAGACAUGGGAUUUCAUGCAGAAUCAGUUGGAAUGCUGUGGUGUUAACAGCCCAAGUGAUUGGGUUAAUGUAAAUAACAGCACAGACUUACCAGCUUCAUGUUGCCCCGCAUCAAAUGACAACAAGUGCACCGAAACAGUUGCACAUAAACUUGGAUGCAAACACGAGCUACUCAAUUUCUUCGAAAAUCAUUCAUGGAUUCUGUUCGGUGCGAUCACUGCCAUCGUUCUCAUUCAGAUGCUACUCUUUGGAUUGUCUUGCUCAUUAUACGGUGUAUACCAGAGAGGAGCAGAAAACUAUUAUACAGAAGAACUCACAUCUUUUUAAUUAGGACUCUGUACCAAGAAAUGAAUCAACGAUUGCAUGAUUAGGAAUUCAGAAGAAUAAUUUGAUAAUGAUAGAUUUGAAAUAAGCUGAUUUUGUGAUUUACUAAAACUCUCGGUUGGAAUUGUUUGUUUUUCUUAACACAUAUACUACAUUAUUAUCAUUAUAAUGAUUCAUCAAAGAUUUUAUCGUGUCGUGAAAACAGAAAAUGAAAAAUAAAAUUACCAAUGUAAGAUAAAAG